UUUCCGGGAAGAGAAAGUUUGCUUCUAUCAAAAGUUCAAUAUUUAGAGAGACCAUUGAACUUUUGAGGUUUUUUUUGGCGACAGCAUCAAUGAAUACCAUCUAUUGUAUCAGCGAACUUCCAUAUAAGGAAUCCAAUGCAACCGUGCUUGACAAUGAUUUCACCGAAAAAUACAUGUGCAUCGGGUCACCAGGAUCUGUGUCAGUUGUAGAAAGCGAAAAAUAUUCAGCAACAUCACAAAAUAUCAGAACAAAUCGACACGAUGCUAAUAUAAUACGUUGGCAGCGUCUUAACGAUACUUCCGGUAGUCACAUCAUUUGCGUGUCUACUCAAUUCUUCGAUAUUUAUGUUGUGAACUCUGAUUGCAUGAGUCUGCUGGAUUCCACUUGUGCUCAUCCUUUCAAUUUGACAGACGUUGAUUGGUGCUCUUAUGAUUCUAAUGCAUUGCUAUCAUGUUCAGUCGACGAUGCAGUAAAAUGUUGGGAUUUGCGGGAUCUGCGAUGUCCUUGUCUGCAAAUGCAAGCUAUUGGUGGAGCAGAGCAAGCGAAGUGGGCUCCAUUAUCGGUCAAUGCGUUGUGUACUUCUCAUGGUACUGAUCUACGACUAUGGGACAAGCGGAAUGUCAGCUUACCCUUGCAAACUGUCUCAGCCCAUAUGCAGAAAAUUUCUUGUGUUAUGUGGCAUCCCACAACUGCGACAUGUUUCUUAACUGCUGGCCUGGACGGCUAUAUCAAAAUGUGGAAUAGCAACGACCUGACGAAGCCACGACAUUCAUUGGGGAUGCUACCGGCUCCAAUAUGGAAAAUCAAAUUUUCGAGUGAUGGAAAUGAAUUUGCAUCAAUACCACUGCCAAUGUAUGGGCAAUCAGAAGAAAGUUGUGCGUUAAGCUUAUGGAAAACCAGUACUCUUGAGAUUAUUCAAGUAAUUGGGUGUGAAGAUGAUGUCCUGCUUGACUUAUGCUGGCAAAAGUUUCGCAUGCAGAGGCAAACUUACAGUUGCUUAUAUUCAGCAUCAAGAUAUGGCAAAUUGCGAAAAUACAAUCUGCCACUAUUUAAAGAUUUAUCUGAAGAGGUAAUAGAAAAGAAUUGCUGUUCAAGAAUUGGCGGAAGUACUGAGAAUGCGUUCGUUCUUGAUGAAGAAAUAAGGGAACCAAGAACAAAAGCGCCGGUUUCAUUAGCAAAUACCAGUAUGUUAAGUGCUACUUUCGGUGAAGGUGGCGCCAACAAGCUGAAUAAACGGCCGUUAAUAAUCCACAAGAUAGAAAUUAUCGAAAACGAAUUAUGUUUAACCGCACCCAGACCAGUAGAUGUUCUGGUAGCUGAGUUGGUUCCGUUGAAACGCAUGUGCACUGAAGAUUUAACUGUUGAACAAUUGGACGAUAAGCACAGUUUAAUAACGUGGAGCGAAAAUGCAGCUAUAAAAUUUCGAAUUAAAGCAGCUUUGUCGUUGGAGGAGAAAAUGGAAGGGUUCACACUUAUAAUUAUCCAGAUUAUUAAUGAUGAAAAUCAUUUAUCACUUAACGAUGUCGAAACCAUUCUCAAGAAAUUAUCGGAUGAAACUAUAAAUAUGGAUGUAUCCUUGGAGAAGGGACCAAUUUUACCCGUUAUCCUGCAUAAUUUGUUUAAAAUAGUAACUUCGAUGGAGAUUUGCGCUUCUCGAUCACUUGAUAUACCACAGCGUCCAGAAAAUGUUGUCCAAUUUUGUGAGAGUGCUUCGAGUGAAAGUGGUCCACAUAGUGUCACGCUGGAAACCAUUUCCUCUCCUCCACCAAAAAGCACGCUAUCAUCACCAUUACUUUCAACUUCAUAUGAUCAUUGGAUACCAUCUCCUCGUACGUGUGGAGCACGUUUUAAUGGCUCAGGAUUUCUGGUUAUCUUUGGACGAAACGAACUUGCGAUGAGGCGUAUGCAAUCGAGUAAGAGUUCCUUUCAGGAUGAGUCACUUUGGCUCUCUGCAGAACGGAUCACACAGGCCUUAAAAUGCACUUCUUCAAAGAAAGGUGCGCUCAGUUUUCUGGAUGAUGGGCAUGAAACUGAUGAGAGACAUGUUAGUAGUACACCACGUUCACUGGACGAAUACAAACAUGAACUGCUUCUAUCUAUGGAAGAUAUGCAUACUCGUUUGCAAAAUUUUUGUGGUAACGAGAAAUUUAGUUCAUCAUUAUGCCAAUCGAUCUGUGGUACUCCGCUUUUUCCCCUCAAUAUGGCUUUCUUUCAUCAAAAAUUUGAUGUCGCAAACAGUGGAACAUCUUCCCUAUUAGGAAUGCGUGCAAGUAAUUCAUUGGCAAUGUUAAGCAAUAUAUGUAGUAACAGUACACAAAACGUUCGAUCACAUCGUCGUCGAGGAAAUUCAGGAACAAAUGUUCUUGCUGACGACCACCAUCAUCUAGACGGCUGUGCUCCAAUAUCUGUGGUUGUUAUUUAUGAUGUAUCAAUGCUCAUGUCAGUUAGCAAAGAUCUUGCUCGUAAAUACCGGCUUAUUGGCACUGAUGCACUGGAGUUGUGUUUAUGGAAUCGGAAAGUAGUAGAGGAAGCAGGACGCAAAGAUUUGGGAAACAUAUGGCAAAUCGUUGAGCUCUGCGUACGGAUGGCGAAAUUAAGUUGGCGUCAACAUUAUCUUCUUGAUCAAAAUAAAACAAUAACUAACAUGCCAGAUCCCGAUUCAUCGGAAGAAAGUAUGUCAAAAGAAGACAUUAUGGCUAUGGCAGUGCAUCCGUUCGGACGUUCACUAAUUAAUAAUUUAUUAGAUUACUUUGCGCGUAUCAAUGAUUAUCAGACUGCUGCAGUGAUAAUUUGCGUCUUAAGUUUGGGAUACAAACGGUAUUUUGAAAUAGUUGACAGUAACGUGGAAUUAUCAACUACUCCGAAGUAUGCAGUCCACCAUGAACUUAGUACUUGUGGCAUCAAUCUUGAUAGUUCGGUGUACCGCACAGUCAAUGCGAAUGCUAAAUUAGGCUUGAACUUCUGGUUGUUACAACAAGAAAAAGAAAAACUAGAUAUGAAGGAACAGUUGUCAUUAACAGCUUCCGGUUCAAAGACCGCUGGGAAAUUUUCUUCAUUUCAGAGUGCCUUAAUUGGUCAUCCUUCAGUGCAGACCCUAAAAAUAGAAAAAGAAUGUAGGAUAUCUUGUAGCCAUCGUAUCCCUGACGAGUUAAUAAUCUCUAGUUUCGCAGAGCAGCCUCAACAAGAUCCUGGUUGGAGUAUCACCAAAAACAAAUCCAGUUUGUGCAGCCUCUUAGAUCCUCCUUCUAAGAGUCGAUACGAUAAAGUGCGCCAUCGGUAUGCUAGUUUACUGUUCAGGUGGAGGAUGUUUUCAAAAGCUGCCGAAGUGAUGAAGUAUAGUGAGACUGCACCUUAUUCAGCACCACUACAAGUUCAGAGCUCGUGUCCUCACUGUCACAGUAAAUUGCUGCUUUUCAAAUGUGAUAAAUGUCACAUCCAUUGGAAAUUCCGCUGCUCCUUAUGUCAACUUCCUGUGCUAGGUAUGCUGACGGUAUGUGCCCUUUGUGGACACGGUGGACACAGCGAACAUAUGGUGAUUUGGUUCAAGGAAAAUAACCACUGUGCAUACGGUUGCGGAUGCGACUGUAAAUCGGCUUGUUUUUAGAAGCAGUUUAAUUUAUAAUUGAUACUUUAUCGUACUCGUAUUUUGUCAUUUGCACACUGUUAAAUGUGUCUGGAAUGAUAGCCAAAACAACUACUUCCAUUUUAAUGUACAAAUUUAAAUUUUAUUCGAGCUGUUGAUUAGUUCCUUCAAAAUAAAAAUAAAU